AUGCCAAAUUCUGCGCUGAAUAUUGGCUGGUCAUUUGGUUUCAACCAGAACAUUCCUGUGUGGAACUUAACUGAUGAUGAUAACACCAAAAUAAUAUACACAAGUUCACACACUGGCAUUAUCUAUGACUACAUAAGCAACACACAAUCCAUCUUGCAAGGUCAUGCCAACUCAAUCAAUUGCACGUCUCUCAGUCCAGACAAGAAAUGGUUGGUGACAGCUGACAAAGGAAAAGACAGCACAGUAAUUGUAUGGAACACCAGAACAUGUUUCCCAAUACGGACUUUAUUUGAUGUCAGUCCACAUGGCAUGCAGGCCGUUGCUCUGUCUCCAGAUGCCAAAUAUCUUGCCACAAUGUCUGCUGGAGACAAGCAGGAAUUUUCUAUUUGGGAUUGGACUGUUUCUGAAGAUAAACCGUUGGCUUCUGUAAUUUUGAACUCACAGUUUAGUGGACAGAAUUACAUCUUUUUUUGCGAAGAGAACUUGAGCUACAUUGUUACCAAUAGCGAGAAUCAAGUCAUCUUUUAUCAAUGGAAAGACGAUACCUUAAAGUAUUUUGCUCCUCCUUUGACCGAUCAAGAUUUCCAUAUCCAAAUUGGAAAGUACAGCCAGUCAUUAAUUAUCGCUGAUACAAUACACGCUUUAACAGGUACAUCAGUUGGCAACCUGGUUGUCUGGGAUACUCACAGAUCAAUGAUGGAAGGAAAGAAGAGGACGAUAGCAAAUAAAAAGGCUUCCAAAAUCAUUAAACUUGUUCCAUCUGGAAUAUCUGUUUUAACCCUUCAAGAAACAAAUAUUGUUGUUGGUGAUAUGUCUGGAAAUGUGAGCUUCUUUGACCAAAGAAUGACACUUUUACACUGUUUCAAUCAGUUGAAUUUGGGUCCAAUCAAAAGCCUUUCCUUUUCUUUUCCAAAGGAUGAAUUCCCCAGGAACCAAAGCUUAUCUAUGAAAAGUUUCACUUCGGCUGAUGAGAGUAUUUCUUUUCCCAACUUCACCAUUUCAACUUUGACAGCUAAGUGUGCUUUAUUCAAGGUACAUAAAAAUUUGUAUAUGGAUGUACAGUUGAUUCUCAGAGAUCAUGGGAAACCAAUUCCUGCAAUUGCUACCCACCCUUUCAAACCAUUUCUAGCCACAGGAAGUCAUGCUGGGUUCCUGAAAUUGUACAAUUACAUUGAAAAAGUGUCCAUUGGUAGCUGCACAUUUGAGAAAGAGAUGAUAGAAUGUUGCGCUUUCAGUCCAGAUGGAUAUCAUUUAGCUGUUGGUUUUUUCAGUGGGGUCAUCCAAGUGCUUGAUUCUUUCACCUUAAAAGCCAAACCCUCUGACAUCCACAAUUAUUCCAAACAAACCAUUAUUCAGGUUGUCUUCUCUCAAAAUUCUUGUUAUUUGGCUGCUGCUGAUUCUGGCUUUACAACAUCACUGUUAAAGAAAGAAGGCUCUACAUUCAUCUUUCUUGGACGUUAUCGAGCACAUUACAAACCGAUCAGAGAGCUGAUGUUUGGAGAGAAAUUUGACGAUGAAGAACCCCGGUUGCUUUCUCUUGGAGAAGACAGGAUGUUGGUUGAAUACGACUUAGUUGCAAGUAGCGUGAAUGAUGUGAGGAUCCUUUCAAUUGAACGAAUUGAACAGAGUGCUACACCCAGGUGUAUGGCAUGGCACCCACCUCUUAAUAAGGAACACUUUAUUGUCACAGCCAAUGAUCAGUAUAAAUAUAAAUUAUACAAUUCAACAACAAUGAUGUGUCGAAAAACUACCCUGGCUCCAAUCUAUGAAUGUCCAAUUGCAAAACUAAUUGUUCUAUCGACUGAGGGUGUCAAUCCAAAGCAUAUGUACAUGGCCUUCCUCACCCAAGACAAAGUUGGUUUACAAAUUCUCCCUUUUGAUGGAAACCCUCAUCAGUCGACAGCACUUAUUGCUCAUCCAGGUGGGGUUCAUAAUCUUGUGGCAAGUUACGACGGGACAUUUCUCUUCACAACCAGCAGUCAAGAACCGUCAGUUCACAUGUGGCAAAUCAAUGCCAGUGCAUUGGAAGCGCAGCUGCAUCUGGGGGGAGAAGAUCUGAUUCCUUUUUACCAACUUAUAGAUGGAGGGCGAGAAGGACCAUUCUUUGAAGAACUGAAAGAAUAUUUCUACUUCUGCCAACUUCGAAGUUCAAACAUUAACUCCAUGGCCACCAGGGAGGUAACUUCCGUCAUUCCAGUCAAAGAAAUUCCUUUCUUGAUGCGAGCCCUUGGUUUUUAUCCCUCAGAACAAGAGUUAGCUGAUAUGGUGAAUGAAGUCAAGUACAGUGAAUACGUAGACAAAGGAGAGUUCAAGGAAGAAAUCGACCUUCCAGAUUUCCUCAAAUUGUACAUCAACCAUCGUCCUUACCGUAAUCUGACUGGUGAAAAGCUGAGAUGGGCGUUUGACGUGUUGGGUAUGUCAGAGGGAGAAACAGAGGGAGAAAGUUGCCUUCCGACCAAUGACAUGCUCAGCCUAAUUCAGUCUCAAGGAGAACACAUCACAAAUGAGGAACUGGAUGAAAUCCUGAUGGAUCUUUGUCUGCUUGACCUUGACUGCAGCAAUGAGCUUGGUAAUUGCAAAGAUGGUGGCCAAAUUAAAGACUUCAGCCAUCUUGCCACUUUUAUUGACUGUAAAUUGCCCGAAGUCAUGACAGCCUCAACUUUUGCCAGCAAUCUCCUUGCAUUACCAGAAAGCAUAUUCAAAACAUGA